AUGUUGCCUUCUCUCUUGCUCAUAUCCCUUUCCCUCGCCGUGAGCCAGGUCAGUGCCGGCAUCUGGCCGGCCCCGAGGAAGCUGUCCACUGGCAAAAGUGUUCUGUUUAUAAGCCAAACACUGGAAAUUACAUAUAAUGGAGGAUCUGUACGCUGGCUUCCUUCUUCCGCUUCCACUUACCAUGAUGAGACACAGGAUACUGAGCAUUUCUUUAACGUGCAGCUGCCCUACACUUAUGGGUACAACCCGGCGACAGGUCCGACCUUUAACAGCAAGGACAUUGUGCAAGGCGGUGUGUCGCGCGCCAUGAGUGCCAUCUUCCAGCAAAACUUUGUGCCCUGGAAAUUCUACCCGAAGAACAGCGACUUCGAACCAGACGUGUAUGCGGCGGACAAGAAGGCGGUCAAGUCGCUGCAAAUCACACAGACUGGCGAAGAUAAGCCCAGCACAUUCAAACCCGUUGCCGGCGAGGUCGACGAAUCGUACGCGCUCAACGUCACGGAGGAAGGCUCGGCUACGCUCGUGGCCAAAUCCUCUACCGGCGUCUUGAGAGGGCUUGAGACAUUUGUACAGCUCUUUUACCAGCACACAUCUGGUACUUCCUGGUAUACCACACUGGCACCAGUCUCAAUUGAGGAUUCUCCAGAGUACUCCCACCGUGGAAUCAUGAUCGAUACAGCGCGCAACUUUUUCCCCGUCACAGAUGUUCUAAGGGUCAUUGAUGCCAUGUCUUGGAACAAGCUCAACCGGCUCCACAUCCACGUUACGGACUCGCAGUCAUGGCCGCUUGAAAUUCCUGCGAUGCCCGACCUAGCCGCCAAAGGAGCCUACCGGAAAGGACUCUCGUACUCCCCCGAGGACUUGACCAAGAUCCAGGAAUAUGCAAUCCACCGCGGAAUCGAGCCAGUGGUUGAAAUUGACAUGCCAGGGCACAUCGGAUCAGUUUCCUUUGCCUACCCGGAGCUGAUCGUCGCCUACAAUGAGAAGCCGUACACAUGGUGGUGCGUGGAGCCGCCUUGCGGUGCCUUCAAGAUGAACGACACCAGGGUCGACGACUUCUUGGAUAAGCUUUUUGACGAUCUCCUGCCGAGACUCGGACCCUACACGGCUUACUUCCACACCGGCGGCGACGAGCUGAACAAGAACGAUUCGAUGCUCGACGAAGGGAUCAGGUCCAACUCGAGUGAAGUCCUGCAGCCGCUCCUGCAAAAGUUCAUGGAUAAGAACCAUGCUAGGAUCCGCAAGCACGGGCUCAUCCCGUUAGUCUGGGAAGAGAUGCCGCUCGAUUGGAACAUCACCCUCGGCGACGACGUCGUGAUCCAGUCGUGGUUGGGGGGCGAUUCCGUUAAGACCCUUACCAGCAAAGGCCACAAGGUCAUUGACAGCAACUAUAAUUUCUGGUAUUCCGACUGUGGCAGAGGCCACUGGAUGAACUUUGACAACGGGGCCGCCUUCGAGGCCUUUUUCCCCUUCAACGACUGGUGCUCGCCGGCCAAGGGUUGGCGCCUCAUGUACUCGCACGACCCGCGGGCCAACCUGACCGAGGCGGAAGCCAAGCUGGUCCUCGGCGGGGAAGUGGCAGCGUGGAGCGAGUCCAUCGACCCGGUCAGCAUCGACGGGAUCCUGUGGCCGAGGGCUAGCGCGGCGGGCGAGGUGUUGUGGUCGGGUCGGCGCGACGCCUCGGGCCAGAACAGAAGUCAGUACGACGCGGCGCCGAGGCUGGCCGAGUUCAGGGAGAGGAUGGUUGCAAGGGGUGUGAGGUCGGAGCCUGUGCAGAUGCCGUUUUGCACGCAGGGCAAUGCGACUGAGUGCGGAUAUCCCAUGGUGUGA